GGCCGAGACACGACGACGACGAGGAGUUGGUGUCGCGAAACGAGACUAUUGUGUGAAUGGAUACACUGCUGGUGGCAGCAGCGCAGUCAGCGAUCCUAUCCUGCCUUUCUUCCUCGCCUUUUCCUGGUAGUAGAAGUACAGUCCGCGAGAGAAACGUAGUCGAGUGAUAGGCUGUACCCAGUGUUUUAUUGAUCUGGAAGUAUGUGCCUUUACAUGAUGGGCGCUCUCGCGAGUAGUGCCGCUGUUCUUUCCAGUCGCGCUGCUUUAUCGACGGCUGCGCUUUCUUGGAAAUUUUGAUGCUUUUCAUUAAUUAAGUUUUGUGUGUCCUACCAAAAUCACUGAAAAUAUAUGAUUGGGCAGUUUGUACUUUAUUCAUAAUUCUAGACCGUAUGUUAUUAAUUUUAUGUGUGAAAUUUGACGAAUUUUUAAAUUAUAGUUUUGGAAUCUCGCGCCUUUCUGUAAUUUGCAUGAUAUACUUAUCUACUGUCGAUAAGCUAUUAUAAUUCAUAUUUAUAUAGGUAUAAUGUUGCUCGUUUUCGCGCCAUUUUCUCGGUUGACAUAUAUGUAUAAAACUUUGAUAAACACGACCAUGUGUGGAUUUAGACGGGCAUUGUUGCGAUGAUUGAAUGGUUGUUUUAUAGAAGAUGAAUGAUGAAGAAGAAAUUUGUUUCAAAAGUGCUGUGCGACAAGUUUUGACAGAAGCUGCCAACGAUUAUACCAAGGAAAACAAGUUUACUCCACAAAUAUUAUUGAAGCUACGUUGCGUAUUUGGAGAUACUUUUGAAAGUGCCUUGGAAUUGUACGAAAAGAAGAAGGUAACAUGUUUUAGUGUGGAAGCAACACGUUAUGUAAAUAAAGACAGAGCUGCUUGCUGUUUCUAUGAAGUUCAAGGUUCGAGCACUGAAGUUUAUACCAUUUUUCCAAAUAUUAAUUUUUGUUCCUGUGCAUCCUUUGCUACUCAAGUUUUAGAAAAGCAAAAUAAGUUUACAUGCAAACAUAUAGUGGCAGUCUGGUUAGCUUCAGUACAUCAAGUUUAUUUAAAUACCCAAACUAUACAAGAAUCUAAAUUUUACGAAAUUCUGUUGGGACGUAUCUCAUUCCACGAAUAAAAUGACUACUGAUUAUGUUUUCGUAGCUAAAUUAGCCAAUCUCAAAACAGUUAUUCAACUUUUGAGAUCUGUCAACUUUAAAGAUAGUGCCACCUGUUAUGGUUCACAAAAUGGUCUCAAACUUACAGUGGAAGAGGCAAAGUGUAUGCAAGCUAGUGCUUAUUUACCAAAGGCUCUUUUUGAACAAUUUAUUAUAUCAGAAGAUUUCCUUUUUCGUAUAAAUAUUAGUAUACUAGUUGAAUGUCUAUCCAUGUUUUGGACUAGCAUCAAUAGUCAAGGAAGCACAGUUGCAUUAGAAAUGCAAUACAAGGGUGUUGGCCAUCCAGUAACUGUACUCAUUGAAGAAGAUGGUGUUAUAGUAGAUUGCUCCUUAAAAACUCAAGAACCUGAUGAAAUAUUAGAUUUUGAUUUACAUCCUAGCACUGUUGUCAACAAAGUACUUUUGCAUAGUGAACUAUUAAAAGAUGUUUUAUCGGAACUUGACCCUAGCUGUAAUCAUUUAGAAUUAUUCUUGUCACCAAACUCGCCUUAUUUUAUGAUAAGUACACGUGGAACUGCUAGUGAAGUUCAAGUUGAACUACCUCAUAAUACAGAGAUGAUAGAGACUUUUCAAUGUAACAAAGAGGCCAAAUCAAAGUACUUACUGCCACAUAUCAAACCAGCAAUGAAAGCCAUGUCUUGCUCUAAUAAAGUUUCUUUAAGAACUAAUGAAGCUGGUCUUUUGUGCUUUCAAUAUAUGCUUAAAACGGAUGAAGGAGUUAAUUGCUUUAUAGAAUACUAUAUUUCACCACUUGUGGAUGAUGAUGAUGAUAAUGAAUAGGAUUAAUAUAAUUUUGAUACGUUUUUAAAUGAAUUAGUAAAGCGUAAAAAUUAUGAUUGUUUAAUAAAAAUGAAAAAUAAAGACGAUAACUUUACAAAGGCUUAGUUUAUUUAGACUAGAUGAUACUGUACACAUGUUUGCAGUAUUCAGCUUUAAAAAAAAAACAAGAUUUCAUUCUGUGACAACGUAGAAGAACACGCAAUGAUGGGAUUUUUAUAUAUAGUAAUAGAAAAGAACAAUAAAUCAAUUUUUCUCAUUCAGCUUUUCUAGAACACAUAACAAACAAAAAAGUUGUGCAGCAUUAUAAGAAAGAAACAUCUCCAAAACAUCAAAUUAUUCUUGAAAAUUAUACAAAUUAAAGUCUAACCAUUUGUUUAGACUCUUACCGUUAAGAACGUCAUAUUACGCUUGAACAUAUAUUUUUCAUUCCUAACUAACUAUAAGGCUAGUCAUGAGUAUAUUUAAAAACUUAUGCAUAGAAAUAAAAAAUGUACAGUUGUUAGACUGGGUCUUAUCACCGAGAUACCAUUGUUCACCACAUAAUGACAAAUUUCACAAAGCAAGCGCGUUACAUCUAUAGAAAGCUUAUCUCUUUUUGUAACUAACACAGAUCAUAAUUUUUAAUAUUCUAUGUGAAUGUUGUCACAGCAUGUCUUUUCUCGAAUCUCUUACACGAUAUAAAAAUAAUCAUAAAAAUAUACGAAAAGUAAGUGUUUACAAAUACAGUGAUUAAAAAAACUUUUGCAAAAAAUUUUCUUUUUUACAAUUUGGUUAAGAAAAUGAGCACACUGUACAGUAAUUACAGUUCAUGAUUAAAUUGUCUUGUAAAGGCACAAAUGUCCCUUGUGUCACAUAUCGUUCCAGUAUAGUACAUUUGUAUCCUUGGUAGUAUUACAUAUACACACAUAUAUAUAUUUAUAUAGAUACAUGUAUGCAUAUAAAAACUGGGAAUGCGAGUAGCACAGCAUAAAUUCAAAAUCGGCACUAGACUAUUGUAGUUAUGGCAUCAAGAAAAUUAAUAAAAAAAAGAAUAAUCAUACUACUAAAUUCAUGUAAAGAUGAACAGUCACGAUUGAGUAACAAUCAACUAUAAAUUCCUUAGUUGCAUUGGCGUUUUAUGGCAUUUUUUCUUACGCUAUCGCUUAGAAGCUUUCUUUUUUCAAGAUACUAUUAUUAAAUAAAAUAUGUAUAAAUUUACUGUAGACUUUAAAAAUAUACAAUUUGUUAUGAUACUGCGUCAGCAAAAACUACAAUUUACUUCUACUGAUUCGAUUCAACGAUCAAUCGAUACAACGAUCUAAACUUUAAAAGCGCAUACCAAAGCAUUUCACAAAAGUAAAUUAUGCCCCAUUUUUAGAAACUUUUCUAAAUCUUAAUCAUUAUCGGUAAGAUUGUGUGAUAUCACUGAUCUCAAAAGUUACUAUUUUUUAUAUUAAAUUAAAAAAUAACUCAAAGAAAUUUGAUUUCUAUGCUAAUUGUACGCUUUUUAUAAAUUAAAUAACUAUAAUAAUUGGCCAAAUCUAAAAGGAUAUCUACA